UAGUUCAAUGAGGAUCCUAGGAAUUGAAAUAUGAAACCGAUAUUAGCAUUGUGUGUGUCAUUUUGUCUCGUGAGCAAUGUGCUUACGAAGCCAAUUCCUGAAGGCAAUGAAGAAGCUACGGGUGAAAAUGCAACCGAAGAACCGAAGAACGAAAAAACAACUGGAGCUGCCAUUGCUGAGGACAAUCAGGGGGAAGAAAACAAAAAGGAAGGUGAAGACGAUUCCGGUCAACCCGAUAUAAACCAGGAUGAAUCGGAAGGUGAUACUACUACGGAGGGAGGAGACAAUAUUGCUAAAAAUGGCGACAUGAACACCAAUGCCAAUGGGGAUGGUAAAGAAUCAUCUCCAACAGAUAACGAAAAAAGUGAAACCAAAAACGAUCCCGAGGAAACGUACAACAAAGUCAUUGGGCUGCUGGACCAGAUCAAGCUGGAUAACGUCGAGAAUGGUUACGAGCGCUCUGAACUUACCGCCGACUUGCAAAGAUAUCUUCGUAACCCAAUAGUGGAUGUCAUUGGAACAGUCGGUGACUUCUCGAAGAUUUCGGACUGCUUCAAGUCAUUAGCCGACGAUACGAAGAAAGCAAUUGAAGAGGAUUUGAAGGCAUUCAAAGAAUGUACAGCCAAGAACGACAGCGACGCCUAUCAGUGCUCACAAAAUCGAAGUUCGGUGCAGGAUAGAAUUUCGAAAAUUAGUGCCGCAAUUAAAGUAUGUGUUGCUUCAAAUAGGUCUUAAGAGUUAUAUGUACCUAUGGAAAACAAAUCUUUUUGAAAUAUGAAUUAAAACAUAUGCGUGGAUGAUAA